CCUUCCUUUUCUUCUUUUCUCUCUCUUCGUUGCUCCACUUCUCUAUAUCUUUCUCCCUCUACACAAAUUACUUAUUUUUUUAAAAAAUAAUAAUAACAUAGAAAUUAUGCUCUUGGUGUCCCUUUUGACGUGUGAAUUCUAUGCGUGAAUCAACGGAAAGUCUUCUCCCUCACACAUCCACAACCCAAUAUGAAGAUUUAAAGAAUCUUGUUUUAGGGUUCUUGUAAUUUGUAAACCUCUUGGGAAAAAGGUCUGAUCUUGCUUGAUUUCUCCUCGUUUCCUUCAAUCAAGUUGUUUUCAAUCUGGGUUUUAUCUCUUUUUCUUUGACGUUUUGAAUUUUACUAUAAUUUAGUUUCUGGGGUACCCUUUUAUUGAAGAAAAAAAAAACUGUAGAUGCCAUUCCCCUUUUGUGCUUGAGAUCAAAAUUUAAUCUGGGUAUUCGUCUUUCGGGUCUCUGAUGACUUGUAAUAUGAUGAAGUUUGGAAACUUUUUUGGGUAUUUUGUUUAAUUGUUUAAUUAGUUAAUUUUUAUUUUGGGUUUUCGGAUUAGGGUUUCUUUGGGGGGGUUUCAGUGUUGGGGAUUUAUGGACGAGGUGGAAGCAGCUAACAAAGCUGCCGUGGAAAGUUGCCAUAGAAUUUUAAAUCUGUUGGCUCAACCCCAAGAUCAUGUACAAUCGAAAAACCUGAUGUUACAAACAGGGGAAGCUGUUGUUAGAUUCAAGAAAGUUGUAUCUCUUCUUGACGAUGGUUUAGGUCAUUGUAGAGUGAGAAAAUUGAAGAAAACUCAAAACUUGAUCCCCCAAAACAUACUCCUAGACAGCACCCCAGUUCAAGAACCACUGAAACCCCAUCAAUUUCUUCUAACGCCUCCUAAUCAAACUCACCCAAUUCAGGAGAUCGGUUCAAACGGUGUCAAGAACACUCUUUCCUUAGUGAACCAUAAGCCAUCACUUGAAUUGAGCACCACUGGGAAAAACCCUAUUCAAAUUUCCCAACAGAACCCUAACCCUAAUUCUAAUUACCAAUUCCUGCAACACCAUCACCAUCACCAGCAACAGGCACAGUUACAGCUCAAACAGCAGGCUGAGAUGAUGUAUCGACGCAGCAAUAGUGGGAUAAAUUUGAAUUUUGAUAACGCACCUACCAUUUCAUCUAAUAAGUCUUUUAUCUCUUCAUUGAGUAUGGAAGGGAGUGUGACUACUUUAGAUGGGAGUUCUUUCCAUUUGAUUGGGUCAUCCCGGUCAACUGAUCAAGCCACCUAUCAACACAAACCCAGGUGUUCUGCAAGGGGAGAUGAUGGAAGCACAAAAUGCGGGAGUUCUGGUAGAUGCCACUGCUCUAAAAAGAGGAAGCACAGAGUUAAGAGGUCAAUCAAAGUUCCAGCUGUUAGCAACAAGCUUGCAGAUAUCCCACCUGAUGAGUAUUCUUGGAGGAAAUAUGGCCAAAAGCCUAUCAAGGGUUCUCCGCAUCCCAGGGGAUACUAUAAAUGCAGCAGCAUGAGAGGUUGCCCAGCAAGAAAGCAUGUGGAAAGGUGUUUGGAUGAUUCAACAAUGCUUAUUGUCACCUAUGAAGGGGAGCACAACCAUACCAGGUUACCUUCCCAAUCUGCAAACACAUGAAAGAAUCUUUGAUAGAAAGCUCUCGAGCCCAGAGUCGUCUGUUGUCUGUUGUCUGUUUAAUCUUUUCUUGAUCGCAUUGGGUUGCUCCCGUAUAUGUUUUUAGUGCGAUUUGGGGGAAAUAUAUAUUAUGAAGGGAUGUGUCAAAUUGGACAAAUUUUCAUCUGGGGUAUGUUUGGUUUUUGUUCUUUUUAUCAACUUAGAGUAGACUUUUCUUUUUGUGUUCUUUGUUGUGGUACAUUGUGCCUUUGGAUUGGCUAAAAUGAAACCCCUUUUGCUGGGCUGAAAGCCUGGAUUA